UCGUUUGUUCAGGCAGGAGCCGUGACGAAAGCAGGGCGAAUAUAAGAGCGCACCAGGUGGGACAGCUGAAGGGCGAGGGAGCGCGCCAAAUCCACCGGGCCAUUCCACCCAGCCAGCCAGCCAGCCAGCCAGCCUCUCACACACACUCCCUCACUCUCUCUCUCUCACUCUCACCCAUACACACACUCCUUACUCUCCCACCAUGCUCUCCAGCGUCUCCGUGCUCUGCCUGUGCUCGCUGCUGCUGCUCAACCUGGCCGGUGCCAAGCCGCUCUCCGGUCUCCAGACUCUGAAAGAGCUUCUGGAGGAGGAGCAGGAGGCCAAUCUGCCUUAUUUGGGCACUGAGGACGCGGGGAUGGAGCACAGAGGUUCGAGCCGCGAGGAGCCCGCCAAUGAGAGCGCGCUGGAGCGCGUGCUGGGGGACCUGCUGGCCGUGUCCAAGCGCUCGUGGAGCCGCUUUAAGAAGGGCGGUCUGCGCAGCUGUUUCGGGGUCAGGCUGGAGCGGAUCGGCUCGUUCAGCGGACUGGGAUGCUGAGCACCAGGUAACACAGGAGAUCCAGUCACUCAGCGACUCACCUGAGCUGAUAAAGCAGGUGGAAAUACUUCUGAGAGAAAUGGCUCGUGAUAUGUACACACCUGCUUUAUGUCAUUUUUUUUUCAAUUAACUGUAAUAAAAAGUAUAUAUUAUUUAUUAUUUAUUGGUUGUUGUUUUUUUCUUUAUUCGCAGGCACAAUUGCUACUGGACUAGAGGGCACUGAGACCCUCCUUACUUGAAAUUCUUUGGGCAGGGCUUAUCUUCUUUUUUUUAAUAAAUUUAUUUUAUUUUUUAAAUAUUAUAACUAUUAUAAAGUUUACAGUGGAUGUGUAUUCAGAGCGCACUGAAGGAAAUCCUGCUUUGGAUUGACUUGCUUCAAAGGUGUACAUCAAUUCAGAAUUCAGGCCAUUAAAUUUACCAUAAGAUGUAAAGUCUUAAUGUAAAGUUUGUUGACGUGAUAUUAUGUUAAUAUGCGCGAUUGAGGCAGGUGAAUUAAAUGCACUAUUUGUCCGGUUUAUGCUCUGUUGUCUGAGUAUUAUUUUUUCAGUGGCAACUGUGUAGAAAAUGUAAAUAACUUUUUUUUUUGUAAUUCUUUUCUUUGUCUAUCUGCUGCUUUUUACUGUUUCAUCAAUGUGUCUAUUUAUUUCUUGUCCAAAUCUGUUCAUGUCAUAGAGUGUAUGUGGAAGCGAAAUAAAUAUUUUGCAUAAUAA